AAAGCAAGAGGCAAUACAAAUGAGAACCGCCCCUUCCCUCUCUGGCCUUCUCCCAUUCUCCGCUUCGUACAUUCAGUCGGGUCAAGUUCUCCAUUAGUUUUGCUUGUGGCGGGAACGCACUUUUGGCGACAUUGUCGCCGAUUUGUUCCUUUUUCCGGAACUGAAUUAACCAUAUGCAAGUUUGUGUGCCUUGGCAUUGCAUCAGCACUGAGUAAUAAGGAUGCCUCUAUUGAAAAGAAAGGCGUUUCCCUUGGCUGAACUGCCUGAUGAUUUGGAGUCUCAUGAGCUUGUAUACCAAGUUCGAACUACAAAAGAGAUAUUUCGAGACUACGGUGAAUAUCUGAACCGGAUAAAUUUGUAUCGCCAGAGAAUUUGGAUGUGCAAAGUCUCUGGAAAAACUAAUUUGACUUAUGAAGAGGCUUUGCUAUCAGAAGAACGUGCUACUGAGAAGGUUCAGCAGUUUCCCAAGGAGCUCAUGGCACCUGCACUACAGAUUAUCCAAUACAGUAUGCUUUCGUUGAAAGAUCUUGCUGACAUCAUAGCCACAAAGUUGCAGGAUCACAUAUAUGUGGGUGCUGAAAUGUAUGGGAGAAAGGGUGAUGAUAUGUAUCCAUGCAAAAUAUCAAAGGUUAUUGAAGAAAGUGUUGGAAAAGUUGAAUAUGAGGUAGCUUGGCUUGACAGGAAUAAGGAAGUUAUGGAAACUUCAGUAAUAAAUCAGGAAGACCUGAGACAGAAGAAGCCACCAUUUAGUAGAAGUUUUUUGAAAUCUUUUAUUCGGGAAUCUACAUACCGAAAUGCUCCUUGGGUGCUCCAUGGUAAACUUGCACAAAUUCAUGGAAUCUCAACAAGUGUUCCGGAGAACUUAAGGGGCAAAGUCUCUUUCAAGGAUGGUUUACUAGUCUGCAAUAAGAGAAGGAAAAACAAGGAGGAAGCAAAACAUGAACGUCAAAAUUUUAAAAGGAAAAAAGUUGAAGGUUCAGCUAUAGAAGAAGGUGACGAACCAGCAGAAGAACCUAUCAAGUAUCCAAUUGAUGACCUUUUGGUGCAACCAGAUGCAGAUGAUCCAGUUUUCACGGAUCGCCCUUCGCCAUUGACAGACUUUAAUGUCCCAAUGGAAUGUGUUGGUGACCUUUUGAUGGUUUGGGAUUUUUGUUCUUCGUUUGGUAGGCUUUUGCACUUGUGGCCAUUCUCUCUUGAAGAUUUUGAGAAUGCUAUCAACCACAAGAUGGGCAAUUUGAUUCUUCUUGUGGAAACUCAUUCGGCUCUUCUCCGGUUGCUCAUGAAAGACAAUGACGAAUAUUCUUCAACCAUACGGAAAAGAAAUCGAAAGUUGAAGAUAACUCUAAUUACUUGGACAGAGUAUUUGUGCGAUUUUCUAGAUAUGGUGAACAGUUCUGAGUUACGUGGUUACAUAGCAACUAUCAAGCGGGGGCAUUAUGGCAUUUUAGAUGCUCAUGCUAAAUUGCUAAUCUUGCGAGAAUUGGUCAGUCAUGCACUUGAAACAAAUACUCUUAGAGAGAAGUUGGCUAAGUUUGUUGAACAGAGGCAGGCACUUGGAGCCACAAUAAGGGGGGAAGCAUUGGAGGAAGCUAGAAAGAAAAGAGAAGAGAAAGAUCGUUCGAGAGCAGAGUAUGAUUCCAAUCAAGUUGUGGAUUUGGAGAGUAAAGGAAGUGCAUCAACAAAUGGUAAUCAUAUGAGACAGAACGGAGACAUAGUAAAGAAAAUAAAUGGUGAAAUCCAAACAUCUAAACAGAAUUGUGCAUCAGAGAAAAGUGAGAGCAAUCAAAUUGACAAUGCACCAAAGAAAACGGCCAGGAAACAGAACUUGGAAGUGGACAUCCCAAUACCCAAUGGGAAGGGUUUAUCUGAGAAGGACCCACAUGAAUGGUCAAGGGAUGAUAGAAAGGAAGUCACCGGAAUGAAAAGCAAAGAACAGAGGAAGGAAUAUUAUGAGCGGGAGAUUGAGAAGCGGGUUAUACGUACCAAUUCGUUGGGUAAAGACCGAAAUUAUAACAGAUAUUGGUGGUUCCAGCGUGAUGGAAGAAUAUUUGUUGAGAGUUCUGACUCCAAGCAGUGGGGGAAUUACAGUAGUAAGGAAGAGCUGUAUUUGUUGAUCGGCUCGCUGAAUUGCAAGGGUGAGAGAGAGAGGGCACUUAAAAAGCAGCUGGAAAAAUUCAAUAGCAGAAUAUGCCUGGAGAUGGAAAAGAGAUCAAAGGACUUGGUUCAAGAGGUUGCAUUGGAGGAAGCAGUGCUGCGAAGGUCUUCUCGUGUAAGAGCCCCACCGAAGAAAAAUCCUGCCAAUGCUUUCCUAGAGUACGUUAACAAGUGGAAGGAAGACUAAUUGAGCUCCCAUUUUUGGUUUUUCUCUGUUCUGUUUUUGAGUCCAUUAGUCUAGUGAUUGCUUGGCUUUGGGGAGUAUCUCUGGAGUUGAGGGGGGGGGCCAAGGAAAGCGGUGACGGAUAAGUAGGAAGGAGAGGAAUAGGGAUGGAGCGGUUUUCUUUUGUUACUGUCAAUUUUUUGGUAUCCAUUCCUCUAGCACUUCAAGUAGACAGACUUUUAUUUUUUAGCUCAAUACUCAAUUUGAGCAAAUACUCAAUUUCUACAAUCUGAGGGAUCAAAUUAUGAGGUUAUGGUCA